CUUGUAUUUAGAGCGGCGGUGUCCUCCUCACACUGUAGACGAAGACGUUGCAUUUCUAUAUCCGACGCAAUCGAAUGAGCCGCAAUCUCUGUGUAUUUCAGGUGAAAAAUAAAAAUACGGGACUUUCGCUGCAGUGCGAGAGAAUAAACACGAACUGUUCAGGGACCAAUCCCACCUGCAUAUCUUUGGAGUUCGCCGUUACACGACAAAAUCAACGGAGAGGUCACCUCAUAUAAAAAUCUGUGGAGACCUCCGUGGAAGAUGGGUUCUAUCUCCGCUAUAUCUCUUCUCUUUGUGGGAAUAGUUGUUGUCCCAGCCCUGGCCGGAUACAUUGAGGCUCUGGCCGCUAAUGCAGGAACAGGGUUUGCUGUGGCCGAGCCCCAGGUGGCCAUGUUCUGCGGGAAGCUGAACAUGCACGUGAACAUCCAGACUGGCCGCUGGGAACCAGACCCUUCCGGAACGAAGAGUUGCGCAGGAACCAAAGAGGGCGUGCUUCAGUACUGUCAGGAGAUGUACCCCGAGUUGCAGAUCACAAACGUGGUGGAAGCUAACCAGGCCAUCAAGAUUGAGAACUGGUGCAAGAAGGACCAGAAGAAACAGUGCAAAGGCCAUUCCCACAUUGUGGUCCCCUACAAAUGCCUAGUGGGGGACUUUGUGAGCGAUGUCCUCCUGGUCCCUGAGAGGUGCAAGUUCUUCCACAAAGAGCGCAUGGACAUGUGCGUUAGUCACCAGCAGUGGCACGGAGUGGCCAAGGAGGCCUGCAUCAAGGGGAGCAUGAUGCUGCACAGCUAUGGCAUGCUGCUGCCCUGUGGCAUUGAUAAGUUCCACGGGACGGAGUAUGUGUGCUGCCCCUCCAGCCGCCCAGAGGAGCCCGCCCUGCCCGCCCUGCCCGCCCUGCCCGCUGAGGUAGAGGGGGAUGAGGAUGAAGAGGAGAUUGAGGUGGAGGAGCCUGAACCAGAUAAUGAUCUGGCCUUGGAGGAGAGUGAGGCCCCAGCUAAUGAGCAGCCCACACAGAAGGAGGACAUAGUUGAUGACGAGCAGCAGGAGGAGGAGGAGGAGGAUGAUGAUGAUGAUGAUGAUGAUGAUGACGACUAUCACUAUGUUUAUGAGGAUGAGGAGGAUGAUCGUGAGAGCAUGGAGAAGAAAGAGAAGUCUGAUGAUGAUGUCGAAGAAGAAGAUGACGACGAGGUUGAAGAAAACAUUCAGAUUAAAACUCUGGAGAAUGUUAAGGCCGUGUGCGCCCUGGAGGCUGAGACUGGCCCCUGCCGUGCAUCCAUGCCCCGCUGGGCCUUCGACAUGCGCCAGAGGAAGUGCGUGCGCUUCAUCUACGGAGGCUGCGCUGGCAACCGCAACAAUUUCGACUCCGAGGAGUACUGCAUGGCUGUGUGCAAGCGCCUGAUUACACCCCCCACACCACAGCCUACCGAUGACGUGGACGUGUACUUCGAGACGCCGGCCGACGACAAAGAGCACAGCCGCUUCCAGAAGGCCAAGGAGCAGCUGGAGAUCCGCCACCGCAACCGCAUGGAGAGGGUGAGGAAGGAAUGGGAGGAGGCUGAGCGUCAGGCUAAGAACCUGCCCAAGGGUGAGAGGCAGACCCUUAUCCAGCACUUCCAGGCCAUGGUGGAGUCUCUGGAGGAGGAGGCAGCCAGUGAAAAGCAGCAGCUGGUGGAGACGCACCUGGCACGCGUGGAGGCCAUGCUGAACGACCGCCGCCGCCUAGCUCUGGAGAACUACUUGGCAGCCCUGCAGGCCGACCCUCCCAGGCCCCACCGCAUUCUGGUGGCCCUGAAGAGGUAUGUGCGUGCCGAGAAUAAGGAUCGCCAGCACACCAUCCGGCAUUACCAGCACGUCCUGGCUGUGGACCCAGAGAAGGCUGCCCAGAUGAAGUCCCAGGUGAUGACACAUCUGCGUGUGAUCGAGGAGAGGAUGAAUCAGAGCCUGUCUCUGGUCUACAAAGUCCCCUAUGUUGCAGAAGAGAUCCAGGAUGAAAUUGAUGAACUGCUUCAAGAGCAGAAGGCUGACAUGGACCAGUUCCUGUCCUCCAUCUCCGAGUCUCAGCCAGAUGUGACCAUGUCAUCGGAGGAGAGUGUGGAGGUCCCUAAUUUUGAUAGCAAGCCCUUCCGACCCUUCCAGGUCAACUCUCUGGGGUCCCACCCUGAGCCAGAGGGUGAUCUGUCUGAACCCCCUCGUGCCUUCAAGAAAGGUUCUGGCAUGUCUGGGCUAAAUGGACUGAUCGGCGCAGAGGAGAGAAUCAUCAACAGCAAGGGAAGCAAGGGUAGCGACAAAGUGGUGAUUGAUGAGACUCUGGAUGUUAAAGAAGUGAUUUACAGUGCAGAGAAAAUCAGCGUUAUGCAUGAUGAUGAGAUGGAAACCUUCCGUCCUCUGGGAGAGGACUUCAGCUUUGGGAGCAGCGCUCUCAUUGGCCUGCUCGUUAUUGCUGUGGCCAUAGCAACUGUGAUUGUGAUCAGCCUGGUUCUGCUUAGGAAGAGGCAGUAUGGCACCAUAAGCCAUGGUAUUGUGGAGGUUGAUCCCAUGCUCACUCCUGAGGAACGUCACCUUAGCAAGAUGCAGAACCAUGGGUAUGAGAACCCAACCUACAAAUACCUGGAGCAGAUGCAGAUUUAAUCUGGGAGAAUGUGUGGCGCGGUGUAGAUGGAGAGAAGGAGAGUGAGGCUGUGGAAAGGGGGAACAUACUACUGACCAAUAACAAAACUGCUCUUGUCAAAAUCAUUUCAUGCAUCAGAAAUGACUAUUCUGGUCCAUUUAAAAACAAUUCUUAGAUAAUGCUACUACUUCUACUGUUGUAUCAUUGAGCUAUGUUUUACUCUUUUACUUUUAUCUUUUGAAAGCCGCUGUAUCUGAGAUUUAAAUUUUUUGGAAAAUGUGAUUCUGCAAAAUUCUCUGUAAUUACACACAAGUAUCUGAGAGUUAGAUGCGUUACUAUCUUGUUUUUAAAUGUUUUUUCUCUCAUUUGUAAAAAGGCAAAUCAGACUAAACAGAUUUGAAAUAGUGAAAUAUGACUAAAUGAGAAACAAUCAACAGCAAGACAUUGCCUGUUCUCUGUAAAAACUCCUCCGAUGUCCCGCUGAUGGUCCACUCAUUCAGACGGUCCUUUUCCUUUUCGAUAGAUUGCUUGUAUAUGAAGAUUCUUUGUACCGACCUAAAUGUAUAGUGAAAGAAAUGAGAAAAUAUGAUAAGAAAAUCACUGAAUUCAUUUACUUUGUUUUUUAUUAUUAUAAACAAAUCUAUCUAUCUGUCUGUCUAUACAUAUAUAUGAAAAAGUAGGUGUUUUCUUCAACAUGGUUCUUGUUUCGCAGAGCUAAUGUGCUGGCGGAGGUACUGAUUUCAAGUGGUGUGACCUAAGUACUGAUGGUCACAUGGGUUCUGAAGGUGAAAAGCCAUGAGAGGUUUAUGCAUAAGGGUUCAGGCCUCCAGUCUUCCAUACAGACAAACACUUUUUUAAACGUUCUUUUUAACUUUAUGAAUAAUAUCACUCCUCGUGUCACAAACUCACAGACAGACACUGUGUCCUGAGAUAAUUUGGAACAAACCUUUGUGCAAACAUACCGACCAAUUUGUGUAUUUGCCCUAAUGAGAGAGGUAUUUAUAUUUUGGUAUAGGUAUUAUUCCAUAAACAUACAUGCAUACACACAAGCAUGCACACAUAUACCUAAAUGUCAAGUGUACAUACAACAUUUGCUUGUUAGAUGUUUGCCGGAGUCGCUGGUGAAGUUGUGACUCCACAUUGUUUUCUCCACUCUGCUUUACUGAAUGUGAGGACAGAGACUAUGUGUAAUUGGCCCCAUCAAAAUGAAGAAAUGCCUGAAGCAUAAAUUGGAUAUAAACGUAUUCAAAAUUGAAGUAACAUUUCAUGUUUCACACUUUGUUUGUCUAUAUCAACUUAAAUGCACCUCAAAAAGAUGAUGAAGCUGGAGGCCUGGACAAGAUCAGAGCUUUACUGAUUGUUCUGAACGAUUGCAAGUGUGUAUAUUUAUGCAGUUCAAGGAUGCACAGAAAGAGUUAUAAUCAUUAAAUCAUUUUUUCCUCUCCUAGUAAUGUCUUUGUAUGCUUGUAUAGUUGAUGUUGCAAUCAUGACUUUUAUGGAGGACAACCUGUGGUGUGCAUUGUUCUUAUAUGAAAUGAUAUAUAUUUUUAAGUUUGUUCUCUUUUUUUCUAUUUUUUCUCUUCCUGUGACAGUAUCUCUGUAUGUGACUGUCUCACUAUGCACCCAAAAUGGCUUCAAAAUCUUGAAUCUUGUUAAUUGCCUGUUUGAUGGUGGAUUGGCUUAAGAGGUGACAACAACUAAUAAGUGGAAUACAUCAGUUGAGAAGUAGGUGGACUCCAGUUGAAAUUGAUUUGGUUGCAGGGGGGAAACACAUCAAUAAACUCACUACUUCCA